AGCAUGAGUAUUUUUCUGAGAGAAACAGGGACAGAAAUGACUAUGUGCAUUUCGCGAUGUUUGUUGAUCAUGUACUUUCCUUACAUGAAACGGAUAUUCAUAUGUUCCGACUCCAUUGUUCAAUUGUUGAAGAUUUCACUCCCAUUGAAGGUUGGAUUUGCUCUGCCAUUGGUCGUAAUGCAGUUGAAUUUGAUCUUCGUAUUGAAUUAUUCAGAAAUAAGAUAUUUCAGUUGCCUCGAAGUGUUUUCAUGUACAAAAAACUGGUGGUUUUGAAGCUGAAUUCAAAUUGUCUAAGCUAUGUUCCUCCUGAGUCAAGGUGUUUCCCAAGUCUGAAGUUCCUACAUGUUACCGUCUAUUUUCCUAAUAAUGCGUUAGCGGAAAAGCUUUUUUCAUGCUGCCCUGUACUUGAAGAUUUGACGAUAGAUGGAGUUGUUGGAUAUGAUGUUUUGAAUUUUAAAAUCUCUGCGCCUGAGUUGAAGAUGCUAAGAAUAAGGUUAAGAUUGGGGGCCCUUGGCAUUGAUGGUAACAAUUUCUCUGUUAAUGCUCCGAAGCUUGAAACACUUGAUGUGACGGAGGUUAUUUUUUCAAACUAUAAUUUAGAGGGUUCAAAGUCUAUAGUUAAUCUCUAUCUCAUUGGUGGAUGUUCACAUCACGGCUUCCCUAAACUUUCAGCUCCGCUUCUGGCCCGAAUUUCCAAGGUUAAAGAUAUGUAUCUUUCAGCUUUUUUGUUGAAGGGUUGUAGUCUGCCUGCUUUUGGUAACUUGAGCGAACUGAAACUGGUUGUUCGUAAUCGCUACCAUUGGGAAUUGCUAACAGAGCUGCUCAAGAGAUCGCCUAAACUGGAACAUCUUGUCAUAGAACAUGAACACGAACUGUGCUGCACUACAUUCUCUGACGAUGAAGAAGAGGUUGAAGAAUACUCAACGGUAUACCUAGGACCUCAAUGGAAUACACCAGAGACGGUGCCUAUUUGUGUGUCAUCACACCUCAAGACUAUCACGAUAAGGGGAUUCGGUGGAGGCUAUGAUGAGAUGGAAGUGGCAAAGUAUUUGUUAGAGAACGGCAAAGUUCUGAAUAAGAUGGUUAUUUAUAGUUUCGUUUUCUCUUGUGGAAGUGAGAAGCUAGACAAGGAAAUCGUGAUGUUCCAAACUGGUUCAAGGACUUGCCAAGUCGAAUUUUUCUGAGAUGCGAUUUUUAGCUGUUACAACAUGUGUAAUUCUUGUUGUAAGAAGGAUUAAUCAAACUUGUAAAUUAAAGCACCAUCCUUGUUAAUCUGAAGAUGAAUAGAUUUUCAAUCAUUUA